AUGGCAACAGUAGCAGCAAAAGUGCUAGAAACACCUGAAUCAGCAAUAGAAUAUGCUAUUACGAAUCCAAGAAUUCUGAAUGUCUCAGAAAUGCUUACGCAGCCCAACAUACAGGCUCUGCAACAAACCAAUCCAACAUUAUAUAAAACACUCGAAGUAUUCGCUUAUGGGACCCUCAAAGACCUUCCAGAAGGGGUGAAACUGCCUUCUGCAGCGUUGUGUAAACUUCAGCAACUUUCGCUGAUCACUUUAGCUGCUACUAGCACUUCGAAUAGACAACUUUCCUACACAGAUGUGAUGCAGUACCUCGGCAUCAAAUCCAUCCGUGAGCUUGAAGAUGUUGUAAUUGAUGCAAUCUACAACAAGUUGAUCAAAGCUCGGCUUGACUCAAAAGGGCAGUUUAUUGAGGUAAGGGCAGUUUACUGA